GUGUGUGUGUAAAAGAAAAUUUUUCGGAUGAAAUUUUCCUCGCUAGAAGAAAAGUUACUUCAAUAUAUAAUAAAAAAAUAUAUAACCAAUAUAAGAAAAUAGAACAAAAAAAGAAUAACAAUAAAUCGACAAAAUAGCAGCCAAUUAAAAACAAAACAAACAUAAUUCUAAUGCGAAAUUUAAAACAACCAAAUAACAAAGAAUUCAAAAAAUCCAAGUGAAACCGAAAAGAAGUUAACAAAAGAAACAAUAAAAACACCUGCAAAAAAAAAAAAAUAACUGUGAAAAUUCAAGUGCAAAAGUAAAGAAAAACGAAUACAAAAAAUCUCCCUCCAUUCUCUCUCUUUGCAACAUCCACAGUUACGUCUCUCGUAACGGACACGGCGACCCUCGUAUGUAAACACAUUUCCAAAAACAGAACAUUUGCAUCGGCGACGUCAGUGACAGACAGCCAGCGUCAUUGUACAAAGCUUACAGCAACAAUAAUAAUUGCCACACAACAAAACUAGCAGCAGCGACAGAAGCUGCAGCAUCAUCAUCGGCAGCCAGUCGGCUACUUAAUUGUGUCAGUGUCUUGUUUUGUUGUUGGUGUGUCAUUGUUACUUUACAAAAACACACGGCGGAAUAAUAGAAAAAAUAUUCUCCUAUUUUGUGAAUACAGCUUGGUGGUGUUAGUGUUCGAUUGAAUAUCCUUCGUUCUAUCUUCGCCAACAAUUCGUUGUCCUCGUAAUCGUCCUCGACAGUUACAGUGCAGUGGUCGCCGUCGUCGUCGUCAUCGUAGUCGUUAACGCCGUUGCAGCAACAACUUUGUAACAGAGUCUUAACUACAACAACUACUUCUGCUUCUUGCUUUUUGUUCUAUUUUAUUAAGAAUUCUCGCGCAUACAUUUUCACCUUGCAUCCGUAUCCGUUUUCUUUCUUUAUCGUGUUUCCGUUUGAGUAACCUCUCAACAAAUUUCUACGUGCAAUCAACAAAAACAACAACACAAACGUAUUACAAAAACAAAGAGAAAAAAAAACAGAGCAAAAAAAUAAAAGUAAACAAAACGAACGAAAAUAAAACGACAAAAGCAAAAUCAACACCAACACUCAACGACAACAACAAAAAAACAGCAAAAGAACUUUAAAUAAAAAACAAAUACAUUAUUAAUUUAGAAAAGCAAGGAAAACACGCAAAACAAUAGUCACAGCAGCAACAACAACAACAAAGAAAGCAAAAAAACAACAAAAACAAAAAACAGCUUCCACACACGACGAUGUUUACGGGUAAACUACAAAUAAAAGUCUGCGAGGCGAGCGGUUUACGCCCAACAGAUUUUCAAAAACGACACAAUUUAACCUUCGGCAAAUUAGCCGACGAACAAUUAAUUGAUCCUUAUGUUUCGAUCGACGUCGAUGAUUCGCAUUUUGAUCGCUCAACAACACGUCCAAAAACAUUCGAUCCCGUUUGGAACGAACAGUUCGUGCACGAUGUAACGAAUGCAAAAAACAUAAACUUAACAGUAUUUCACGAUGCAGCACUCCCACCGGAUGACUUUGUGGCAAAUUGUAUAAUACCUCUGGAGGAUAUUAUGCAACAUGAAAGCGGCGUACCGGAUCUAUGGGUGAAUUUAGAACCUCAAGGAAAAAUCCAUGUUAUUAUAGAACUUAAAAAUAAAAAUGAUCAAACCAAAGAUGUUGCGGUUGUUGAACAUGCCGUAUGUGGCGCUGGCGCCAACAAAGAAUUCAAAGAACGAGCUGGGUUUAAUCGUCGUCGUGGCGCUAUGCGACGACGUGUACAUCAGGUUAAUGGUCACAAAUUUAUGGCAACAUUUUUGCGUCAACCAACAUUCUGUUCACAUUGCCGGGAAUUUAUUUGGGGAAUUGGUAAACAAGGAUAUCAGUGUCAAGUCUGCACUUGUGUUGUACAUAAGAGAUGUCAUCGUUCCGUGGUUACAAAAUGUCCUGGCAUGCGGGAAGAGCAAAACAAUUUGGAACCUGGACCAGCUGGACAACGUUUCAACGUGAAUGUACCGCAUCGUUUUUUCGUACACACCUACAAACGUUUUACAUUUUGUGAUCAUUGUGGUUCACUGUUGUACGGCCUGUUCAAGCAGGGCCUACAGUGUCAAGUGUGCGACAUGAAUGUGCACAAACGUUGCCAAAAGAAUGUUGCAAAUACAUGUGGUAUUAAUACAAAACAAAUGGCCGAAAUCCUAAGCUCACUGGGUAUAUCACCUGAUAAGCAGGCCCAGCCUAGACGAUCAAAGUAUUUAAGUCAGCCCGGUGGCGAGGAUAAUUUCGGUGCCAGCAUCCAUGGUGACAGCGAUUGCAUUUCAACUACCACCCGUAGUUCGACAAUGUCACAUCAGACCACAUCGUCUGGCAGUUCGGGUGCCACAAAUGUCAGUAGCGGCAGCAGUACCGGUGAAAUGGGCAUGACCAGCUCGAAUCGCUGCUAUGACUCACGUCCAGGCAAAACAUGUUUGCAAGAUUUCAAUUUCAUCAAAGUCCUGGGCAAGGGUUCGUUUGGUAAGGUGAUGUUGGCCGAAAAGAAGGGUACGGAUGAAAUCUAUGCCAUUAAGGUGUUGAAAAAGGACGCCAUCAUACAGGACGAUGAUGUCGAUUGCACCAUGACGGAGAAACGUAUCUUGGCGUUGGCGGCUAAUCAUCCAUUUUUAACAGCUCUACAUUCCUGUUUUCAGACUCCGGAUCGUUUAUUUUUUGUUAUGGAGUACGUUAACGGUGGAGAUUUAAUGUUUCAAAUUCAAAAAGCACGACGUUUUGAAGCAGCACGAGCUGCCUUUUAUGCUGCCGAGGUUACAUUGGCCUUACAAUUUCUACAUUCUAAUGGUGUUAUCUAUCGUGAUCUAAAAUUAGAUAAUAUUUUACUAGACCAAGAGGGUCACUGCAAGCUGGCCGAUUUUGGCAUGUGCAAGGAGGGUAUUAUGAAUGGCGUUUUGACAACCACUUUUUGCGGUACUCCCGACUAUAUUGCACCAGAAAUACUCAAAGAACAAGAAUAUGGCGCCUCGGUUGAUUGGUGGGCCCUCGGUGUUCUUAUGUAUGAAAUGAUGGCUGGUCAGCCACCAUUUGAAGCCGAUAACGAAGAUGAACUAUUCGAAUCGAUUAUGCACGAUGAUGUAUUAUAUCCGGUUUGGUUAUCACGAGAAGCUGUGUCCAUUUUAAAAGGUUUUCUAACAAAAAAUCCUGCACAACGUUUAGGCUGUUCGGGCGAUGAAAAUGAAAUACGUCGUCAUCCAUUCUUCAGUCGAUUAGAUUGGGAAGAAUUGGAGAAACGUAAUAUAAAGCCACCAUUCCGGCCGAAAAUGAAAAAUCCACGAGAUGCCAAUAAUUUUGAUACAGAAUUCACCAAAGAGGAGCCAGUCCUAACGCCCAUACCAAACGAUGUUAUACGGUGUAUAAAUCAAGAUGAAUUUGCUGGCUUUUCAUUUGUUAAUCCUAAAUUUGGACCAGAACGUAAAGUAUAUUAAAAGAAGAUACAAGAAAUGGAAGAAGAAAAGAAACGGAGAAAGGCUAAUUCUUGGCUAUUGCAAUUUGAAAAUACAGAAAACCGCAACAAGACGGUAACUAACAAAGAAACAAACAAACAAAAACACAAAAGUUGACUAUGCGCAGAAAGUAGAUUUUAUUGCAACAAAAGAAAAACAAAAUAAAAACAACUUUCAAAACUAUGAACAAACAAAAAGGAAACUACAAAGAAACAAAAAAAGAAAACUAAAACUAAAAAAAUAACUACAAUUGAUUUUAAACGUUUGGCAAACACACAAAAGUAGAAAAUAAUUUUCAUUUUGGUGACAUUUUGGCGAACAUCUCUUUUCAAAUGCUGUUCGAUUUUCCUUUCUCUUAGAUACACAUAUUUAUUUAUUCUUCAUUUUCUCUUUUUAUUUAUGUUCGAUUGAAAAUCUGUGGUAACUUGUGCCGCAGUACUACAAAAUAUAUAUAUAAAUUAAUUAUAUAUGUAUGUAGUUGUAUGUUUUCUGCAUUAAGCUAAACAAAAAGAAAUUAACAAAUCUUCAACACAUUGAGAUAUUUUAAUAACUUUUAACCCCCCAUCAAAAAAAGAAACAUGAAACAAAACAAAAAACCAAAAACACAAAAAAUGAUUCUUCUUAUUAUUUGAAUAACAAAAACAAUGUAUUGAUAUAGUAACUAUAUUUUCCUUUCUUUCUUUCCUUACUCCCAAUUGAUGAAUCUUAAAUGAAUGAAAUUGAAUUUAUUUUGUCUUAUGUUUUAAAACUAAACAAAACCACAACAACAACUAUUCUAGGUAUAGAAUGUUAGGGAUUUAAUUAGAGUCUAUAAAUGAAAAAAAAAAAAAAAACAAAACAAAGAAA